GUGAAUCGUCUGAGGCAGCGAAAGAUGCGGGCGCGAGAGAAUCGCCAGAAUGCAGAGGAUCAACGCAGCAUAGUAGGCAGCAUAGGCUACAUAGCCGGAAACAUGGGCUACAUGGAGGGUAAUCUGAGCGCCAUUGACUAUUCCUACGGCGGCGCCGCCACCCAUUAUCCUCUAUGGAAACCACAUUUUCCGCGCGGUGAAGCUCCUCCGCCUUACGAGGAGGCGGUGGCUAUAUCCCAGGCGGAAGCUCUAAGUGCCCAAUGCACCGUUAGUCUACCGGCCACUUCACAGCGUGCGGUGGCCACAGUCAGCCAGCAGCAGCAGCAGGCGGUGGCCCAGGCCCAGGCACAAGCUCAAGCCCAUCAGCAGCAACAAAUCCAGGCCCAAGUUCAGGCUCAUCAGCAUUUGCAGCAACACACUCUUCAACUGCACCCGCAUCCUCAACAUCCACACGCCGCGGCUCCUGUACUGCCCCAGUCAAACCAGUACACCCAGAGCACCACCAACUUGAUCAAUAUAAACAUCAACAGUGGCGGGGUUACCACGAUAGCCACCGGUGAGAAUCACCAGCCGCCUUACAGUUUGCAGAGCGAUCACCAACUCAGCCUAGAGCAACAGCAGCAACAGCAGCAGAUCGGAAUGUGUCAUCAGCAGCAACAACAACAGCAGCAACAGCAUCUUAUCCAACCUCCGGUCAGUAGUGGAUCCAUUUGCCUCCAGACCAUGCCCAAGCCGCCAGCCUCCGCUGAGUGUAGCUACAAGAACUGCCACUUAAAUAUCAGCGCCAGUGUGACUACUGCGGCAGCCAGCUCUAGUUCGGCGGCCUACACGGCAGGACGAAGGACCACGCCCCGUGGGUCACAAGAACUACUCCAUCAGUUGCCACAGCAGCAGCAGCAACAGCAACAGUAUCUCACUGUGGCUGAUGUGGAGAUCAAUGCCAGUGCCAGUGCUGCUAGCUACCAUUCCCUGCCAGCCAGCAGUGGUGAACUCAUGGCAACACCCACUCACACCCAAGUGUUGCAGCACCAGCAACAACAGCAGCAACAGCAUCUACUGGCGGCUAUCUCUUCGCCGGCCAUGGAGUUGCUGCAGCCUUUGGAGAUAGCUACAAUCUCGGCAGCACCUGUUUGCAGCACAUCGGAUUCGGUGACCCAGACCACACAGAUGCCUCUGCAUGGAACACUCAAGAACAGCCAGCAGCAGCAGCAGCAGCAGAUCAGCAAGACGCCUUCAAGCUCGAGGCGUUAUCAUCGCACAAUUCCGCGCUAUUUCGCUGUAGCUGAUCCUCUGCAGCUGAAGCCCAAGACCAGCAAUAGCGCCACCACGACCAGCGAUAAACAGCAGGCCAGCAAGAAGCCAAUGUGUCAGUGCCCUAUCCAGCAUGUGCCCAUGUCCUACAUGGGCAGCACGGCCAAUGCGAAUGCCUUUCUGAGCGGGGCCGGCAAACUUUUCGCUGGAAAUACCAGUAGCAGCAGUACAUCCACGCCGACCUGUUCCUUGUCGCCUGGAGCAGCGGCAGCCGGUGGAGUUCGACAUGCGGCCACUUUGUCGUAUGGGCAGCGAGCCAAAUCAUCGACAAACCUGCAACAGCAGGCACAGGAUCUGAUCACGGCAGCGGCAUUGGGUGGUGGAACUUUGAGACGAAGUGGAUGUGGACACGAGCCUAAGAUUGCCACUAUCUCUAAGCAAGUAGGCGAUGAGACGCAUCAUGGGCAUGCAGGAUCCGGCGGCGGGGUAAAUGUAUCAGCCAUCAUACCACCGCCCCCUUUGCAACAUCCCGAAGAAGUUUCUGCCCCACCAAUUGUCCUAGGACGUGUGCAGAAGAGAUCUUCCAGUAAUUCGGCUGAGCGCGGCAGGAGCUCUAGCGGAGGAGGUAGUGGAGGACGCAGCGCGUCUAGUGGCAGUGGUGGCGAUUCCCUCUCCAGCGCCUAUUUGAAUCGAAAGGUUGAUGCUUACUUGAGUUUGACGCAGAAACAGCAGCAACAUUUCUUUAACCAGCAACAGCAGCAGCAGCCAGAUCCGAGCAAUCCCACUUUACCACCGAAACUCUACAAAAGCCUAACGAAUUUAAAGAGCGCCACCGUGGUCAGCACCUCUUCGUCAUCUUGCUCGUCCGGCAGCGGGAACAACAACGCCGUGGCCACCAUUUAUACGCUGAGCAAGCCGACCUCCAAUGGCCAGCGGAAGGAACAAACGCCCUCCCUGACACUGCCGCCAGCGAGUCCAGCUGCAGGAUCCGGCGAGAAGAUUGCGAGCGGCAAAAUCAACUCGAGCACCUUUUAUCCAAUGGCCAAUCACGUGACCUACACCCUCCCGAAGCAUAUAAGCGGCAAAGUGUCGUUGAACAGCACUAUCAACAGUGUGGUCAGCAAGGUGCCUUCAGUAAUCAGCAUUCCGCCUGUGGAGAACAACAAUACGGGUGGCCAGACAAGCGCUCCGACGAAAAGCACCACACUGCCAAAAAUACUGCGCGUGAAGCGCGAAACUGGAUCGGGAGUAGCUGGAACUGCCACGAGUCUAGCGAUUGCCCACUGCCAGAUGCCCAGUUACCCGCUUACACCGAAAACUCCAAGCGGAGGCGGGUCCAGCGGACGGUCACCCAACAAGCAGCUACCCGUGUGCACGACUUCGAAGAACUGCCUAAACCCUAAGGAGCACUUCCUGCCCAACGACACCAGUCUGGACGAUGACUACCUAAGCGAGUGCGAGAACUGCAAGAUAGCACAGAGCGCCAAGUAUUAUCUGGAUGCGGAGAUGAGCGGGGUCGGAUCCUCCACCUCGCCUCAGGAGACGAUGACACUACAGCGCAAGUCGUUGGAGGAGACCAAGGAGGAGCCGAUGGAUAGCUACUACCGCAGCUCGCACACCCUGCCCAGCAAUGCAAAAAAGCAUGGCAAGAACAACAACCGUGAAAAGUGGCAGUUCUCGACGAUUCCCGCUGCCAGCUCGUCGGAUGAAGAUGUUAACGAAUGAGAUUUAAGCCAUUUUCUUUAAGAUGCCCGAUCAUCGGCCAGAAGAGCAUCCUAAAGAAAACGCAGGCUCCUAAACCACAACCAUCUCCCCGCCACCGGAAGGCUAAUCUAGUUGAGAAGAAUCUUAGGUAACCGAAUAUUUGCUGCUGCAAACAAGAAAUAGAUCCUGUAUAUAAGCAUAUUAAGCGUACUUAAAACUACAUAAUAUUAUGCCAUUAAAUAUGUGUAGACGGUAACCAACUGAUUGUUAGAUAUAAUAACCAUGAUGAUACUCAACCCAACAGCGGCAUGUAAAUCUGCGUGUUUGUUAUGCACCUGUAUAUCUCUGUAUGUAUGUAAUUGAAUCUGUACUAUACGAUAUGAAACGAUAGGAUAAGCAAAGUUAGGCCGGGCAAAAAAAAAAUCAAUUAUAACCAAUGCAUUAUAAGGAUAUUAGCGAAACUGUUGAAUACUUAGCAUAUAUGAAAUUGAUCAUUAAGAUGUCAAACCCUACUGCCAUCUGCCAUUUUGCCAACGUUAACUGUCAAUAAUUGUGUAUGUAUGUAUGUAAUAUCUAAAUAAUGAAUGUAUGAAAUAUUGAACUUUUUAUAUACAACUAAAGGAAGCUGACCAAAAUUUAAGGUAUUUUCCCCCUGCUGCUCAUCCCCCAAGAUGCACAAAAAUUGCACAUACGAACGUUAGGAUAAACCAAUUGACAUAUGCGCAUACAUAAAUAAAUAGAGGAAAAACUUAGGAUACGAAUUUGAAUUCAAUGCUCAUUACCAUUCCAACCCAUUCCAAUUUUAUUAAAAUGUCUGUAUCCAGACAAAUGCUCUUCUAACUUCUAAAUUGCUCUUCUUCUUCCCAGUCAACUCUAAAUGAAUGUAUCAUAUAAAAUGAAACUAUGUCAGUAUAUAGAAUUAGGAAGUCGUUUUCAAGUCGUUUUUGUGUGUGGGGUUUAACAGACAUUAGACGGUUUCUUAAUCGAUAACGAAGGACUUGCUAGAGAAUAACUUUCGUUUACUUCUUGAAUCGGGCGGGUCCUAGACAGUCUAAUGCCAACGAUAUAAGCACGUUAUAAAUAAUAUGUAUAUGGAAUACAGGUAGAAGAGCAGCGACCCAAAAGUAAUGGGCCAAUAUGAAUUGUUUGAUCCGAUCAAUUUGCAAAACUAGUCGUAAUCAUACUAAGCCAGGAGUUACUCAAGCAAUUAGUCGAAGCUUCACUUAGACGAAAGCCAAAGAUACCCCAAAAAUAAAUAAUACAAAGAAAAAUUCUCCUGAUUUGCCUUUAGUCUUUAGUUCUUUUCUAAUUCAGGUAUUACCAAAUUUUCAAUACACUUCUGACAACAAAAAGGAUAAUGAUGUUGAAGAAAACUAGUUCGAAAACGGUUCUUGUUCCGCUUUUGGUUGUAAUCGAUCUCUGACCUGAAAACUAUAUUGUGUUCAACGGAUGCUCAAAAUAGCUAUAUACCGACGAUAAGCAUGAAUUGUAAAAUUUGUUGUUUAAGUUCGGAUAUUGCAUGUUCAACGAAGACUCGACUCUGUUAUCAUAUGCUCAAAGCGUGUACUGACCACAACGCAAUCGUGUCCCCAAAUUUCGGGGCAGUAAUUUAGCAAACUGAAAAUACAAGUAUUACAGAAAUUACUCAAUAGUAUUAAAAUAAUGAAAUCAAACGUUUUUCAAUAUACUUAUUAGUGAGUCAUUUAUCAAAAUUUAGUUUCAACAGUAAAAAACAAUUCAACAUAUGUACAUCACGGCUAAGUACGAAUUUUUAUUCAAUAAGCUAUAUUUACUAUUAAUUGAAGUCUCAAGAAACCAAAUAUUAAAUUAAUAAAUACUUGGUAAUAAUGUAGUUUAAAAUAUAAAAAUACAUUAAAAUGAAACUAGUGUGCGAUAGUUAAAACAAAUUUACCAAAUCGAAAGAAGAAAAACCAAAACCAAAACCGUUUCAAAAAUUAUUCAACACAAUUGAUGUCAAGGUCGAAUACUAAUUGAGUGUAAUCGGUAAUCGACGGACAUCGUGUUUCAAAAACGAUAUUGAGAUUUGUAUGAAUAAUUGCUUAAACAACAAAAUAUUACGAGUAUCAAUGUGUUAUUGAACAAACAUCGUAUUGUAACUAUUUAAAUUUAAUUGAACUAAAAGUGGAAAAAUAAAUUGGUCUAUAAUGAAAAGUAA